GGAACAAAACGCAACUGUGCGUCGAUUCGCAUUUGUCUCCAUUAUUUUUAUAUUCAGUUUGCAGCGUUUACAAUGUUUUACUCGGUGGAACUUCUCUCCCUUCGACGUAAGGGAAAGCUAGCUCGAUGCUGGUUAGCAGCCACCAAUAGCGAAAAAAUGUUUAAAAAAUCUGUCAAGUCGUCAACCAUUGAAAAAAUGGAUGUAGCCGUAAUUUGUGAAGAAAUAUUAUCAAAGAUUCAGGUACAAAGUAACAGGAUCUACAAUAGAUUCAGUUUGUACCUUUCCUCCCAAUUAAUGUACGGUGCAACGAAAAUACUUUAUUAUCAAACAAAACAACUCCAAGAUUAUUUAUUUACAGCAAAUUGGAAAAUAUUUUUAAUAAACAGUCGAAAAGCACCGUUUAUGGUAGAAAUGAUGUUAGAGGUACCAAACUUACCUCCUGUAACCGAAGUAUUCUACGACCCAAAUAGGGCGAUGGACAAGCAUUUAAUCACAGAGGAUCCUUAUACGUCCGUUAUCGAACACCAGAUGCAAGAAGAAUUGAAUUUCGGAGCAUUAACCGAUUAUGAGAUGGAAAAAUUCCUUCUCCUACUCCAAACGGAUGAACAGUCCCUGAACGAAGUACGGAGAUUUUGUAGAGAUUCGUCACUGGUUCCUCCAAUUGAUCUUAACAAUCUUGAAGAAACGAACGAGAUAGAGAAAGAAAUGCAAGCUCCUUCGACUUCCCGGGAAGAAGUAUUGGUAGAAAUAGAAGAUGCCGAAUUUAAAAGUCCUGUUAUACCCAGAAAAAGAAAAACGAAAUCGUUUACAGAAACUCCUUCAAAAAGAAGAAAGAUUAGCUUAGUAGAAGAACCGCUGUUACCUGUAGAUGUACCAUUACAAGUACCCCAGGAAGCACCUUCAUUAGUAGCGGAAGAGCCGUCCAUGCCAGCACUUCCAGAAGCAUCUGCUAUAGCACCUCAAGAAUCCUCAGUUCAAAAGUCUAUGCUCGUUCUCGAAAGAGAAAUAUCGGAUCAAAUAGCUCCCAUUACUGAGGAUAUAACAGUAGUACUUCCAUCGAGACCAAAACAAAGAAAAAUUUUCGACGUGGAAACUAAGUUGUCUGAUGCUAUAAUGCAAAAAUAUAUCAGAGACGUUGCAGCACAUACCAUGAAGCAUACAAAGUACGCCGCAACAUUACCUUCACCCAUGGAAUAUUUGAAACAACCUUCUACAAAGACCUCACACGGAGUAUUGGCACAAAAAUUGACUAAGUUCUACUCUGGACAUAUGACCACGCGACGCAUAGAAGAAAAUGAAUAUCCGCAUUUAGAAAUUGAUUCCUCGUUCACUUCUAUACAUCGACCUGUACGUGUCAAUGGAAGUAUAAUACAGGAAAAAACAAAUGAAAUGUCAAGUGCAAUUGCAAUACCUCCCGCUGAAAUGAGUGAACAGUCAAAGAUGGUAGAGAAUGCAAAUCAGAUCGAAGACAUUCAAAUCGAAGCUUUAAGACCGCCAAUCGAAGAAUCUUCGGAAGCGGUUCCAGAAAUGAAUGGUUUUAAAGAAAGAAUUGGAGAAAUUACUACAUCAUCACAAAAACCGUUAAAUGGGAAAAUACGUAAGAGUGCAUCUAAAGCGAGUAGUGUAUUUAGUCUCACGGCGAAUAUAACUAAAUCAGAAUUAAAAGCAUUACUGGAAAUUCAUUGGCGUCAAGGAACAAUUAUUAAGUUUCAUGAUAUAAUUUCUCCGGACACUUAUACGAAGGUAGAUGCCGCAUGUGCAUUUCAAUACUGCUUAGGUAAAUACAACACCUAA